AUGGGUGAUCACUACGGCUUCUCUCUCACCACUUUCAGGUAAGUUUUCGAUUAAUCCACUGAAAAAUAGCCAAAUCUUUCAGCCCAUCGGGAAAAUUGAUGCAAAUCGAGUAUGCGCUGAACGCCGUCAAGAAUGGUCAGCCAUCCGUUGGAUUGAGAGGUAAACGAACAUUUUCGAAGAACAGAAUCGUUCAAGUUAUCGAUUUUCAGCAAAAGACGGAGUCGUUUUGGCCACCGAGAACGUCGGAUCGGUUCUGACUGAUGACCAGGCGAAGAUUGAGCAGAUCAGCAAGCACAUUGGAUUCGUGUACAGUGGAAUGGGACCGGACUUCCGCAUUCUGGUGAAGAAGGCUCGCAAGAUCGCCAUGGAGUACGAGAUGAUGUACGGAGAAGAAAUGCCGACGAUCCAGCUUGUUACUGAAAUCGCCGCUGUCAUGCAGGAGUACACCCAAUCGGGGUGAGUAACUUUGUGCUUCUUGAAUUUCGUUAAAUGGUAAUUUCCAGAGGAGUCCGUCCGUUCGGAGCAUCUCUUCUCAUCGCCGGCUGGGAUAAGACCCCGGCUCGGCCACUGCUCUUCCAGUGCGAUCCGUCGGGUGCUUACUUCGCGUGGAAGGCCACCGCCCUCGGAAAGAACGACGUCAACGCGAAGACGUUCCUUGAGAAGCGUUUCAGUGAAGCCCUCGAGCUCGACGACGGAAUCCACACUGCGCUGCUCACGCUCAGAGAGUCGUUCGACGUCGGAAUGAACGAGAACAACGUGGAGGUGGCUGUGUGCAACGCGACCGGUUUCCACAGACUCACCAAGCAGCAAGUCAAGGACCAUCUCGGCACUCUCUAA